AUGGAAGAAGAUGGUUCAAUCGAAGGAAACGAAGAAAGUCUGAAGCGAGAGAGGCUAGCCUUCCUUGAUCUUCUUCUGCGAAUGCAACAUACCAACCAGCUAAGUGAUGAAGAUAUCAGGGAAGAAGUUGACACAUUCAUGUUCGAAGGACAUGACACAACUUCCAGUGGAAUCGGUUUUACUGUGUGGUGGCUCGGACAGUCACCUGAAUCUCAAAAGAAGGUUCACGAAGAGCUUGAUAGUGUCUUUGGUAAGCAUGAGAUGCUAUAG